CAGAUGCAAGUAAUCUGCUAUUUACCAGUAGCAAGUCUGUGUUUAAUUAAAUCUGUGCUAGUUAAACAAAAGAUAAUAAAUUGUGGGUAAUGUCAGUUUUUUUUUUUAGCCCAAGAUAAGUGAUCAUGUGUUUCGGGAAACAAACCAAAUAGCGUGGUUGACAUCAUGGAGUUGGCUGUGGACCUUCUGAAGCUCUUUCCAACUGAGGUCAGCGGGGUUUCGGUGUCCUUGUGCCUGGCUCUGCUCUUCCUGGGCCUCCUCUACUGGUACUCGAUCUUCCCCUACUCUGUGUUAGCGAGGUGUGGUAUCAGGCACCCCAAACCGAUGCCCUUCUAUGGAAACUUGUUCCUGUUUCGAAAGGGCUUUUUUGACGCUUACACGGACCUGAUAAACACAUAUGGGAAAGUGUGUGGGUACUACCUGGGCCGUCGGCCCGUGGUGGUGGUGGCCGACCCCGACAUGCUGCGACAGAUCAUGGUGAAGGAGUUCAGUCUGUUCCCCAACCGGAGGACGUUCGGCAGCUCUACCAAGCCCAUGAGCGACUGCCUGCUGAUGCUGAAGGAUGAACGCUGGAAACGAGUCCGCAGCAUCCUCACCCCGUCCUUCAGCUCCAGCCGCAUGAAAGAGAUGGUCCCACUGAUCCACACUGCCACUGAAACGCUGAUGGGAAACCUAGAGGGCUAUGCCCAAUCAGGAGAGAGCUUUGACAUUCACAGGUGUUUCGGCUGUUUCACCAUGGACGUGAUUGCCAGCGUGGCCUUCGGCACCCAGGUGGACACCCAGAAAAACCCCGAUGACCCUUUUGUUAACCACGCCCAGAAAUUCUUCUCCUUCACCUUCUUCCAACCAUUCAUGUUCCUGCUCAUGGCCUUCCCCUUCCUCUUGGCGCCCUUUGUGAGAUUCAUCCCGAACAAAGUACGCGACCAGACGAACUCCUUCUUCGUCACCUGCAUUCGGGAGAUCAUCAAACAGAGAGAGGAGCAGCCGGCUAGCCAGCGGAGGCGGGACUUCCUGCAGCUGAUGCUGGACGCCAGGAGCAGUAAGGAGUGCGUGGCCCUGGAACACUUCGAUGUGGUGAACCAGGCGGAUGAGCAGCCUGCUUCUGGCUCCGCCCCCUCGCCAUCCUCCUCCCCCUCCCAUCAGCCCCACCCCUCCGAGGACGUGCCCGCCCGCCGGGCCCAGAAGAGGACGAUGACGGAAGACGAGAUCGUGGGGCAGGCCUUCAUCUUCCUGCUGGCCGGGUACGAGACCAGCAGCAACACGCUGGCCUUCGUCUGCUACCUGCUGGCCACCCACCCAGAGUGCCAAGCCAGACUGCAGGAGGAGGUGGACCACUUCUUCAGCAGACACGAUGUUGCUGACUACCACAGUGUGCAGGAGCUGAAGUAUCUGGACAUGGUCAUUUCAGAAGCCUUGCGGCUCUACCCUCCCGGAUUCAAGUUUGCACGGGAUGUGGAGCAGGACCGUACUGUGAACGGGCAGUUCCUGCCCAAAGGGGCCACACUGGAGAUCCCAGCGGGGUACCUGCAUUAUGACCCCCAGCACUGGCCUGAGCCAAAGAAAUUCGACCCAGAGAGGUUCACAGCGGAAGCCCGCGCUAACAGACACCCGUUUGUGUACCUGCCAUUUGGGGCGGGGCCACGGAGCUGUGUGGGGAUGAGGCUAGCGCAGCUGGAGAUUAAAAUGGCGCUGGUGCACAUCUUCCACAAAUUCACCUUCCUCACCUGCCCAGAAACCAAGGUCCCUCUGGAGCUCAAGUCUUUCACCACCCUGGGGCCCAAGAACGGCAUCUUCGUUAAAAUCGCACGGCAUGAGACAGCCGGUUCGGAUACUCCCCCUGCGGAGGCGUAGAGCCUGACCGCGCUGACCGCUUCAGGUUCAUCGUGUACAUACGACCGACCAUGACCUGGGAUAACCGCACACAGACUUAACCGCUUCCGGUUCGUUGUGUAUAUAAACAUAUGACCGAUCCUUUCAUCGAGAUCUUCCGACCGCGUUCUCUGGUGCCUGCGCGGAGGACCAAGGCUCAGGUUCGUGGGGCGGUCACACGAAGGCGUGGGAUUUAACAGCACGCCUUCUUAAAUUCAGUUUGUGAUGCAUUUCCUGAAGGGAACUUUCCACCAUGAAUCUAUUUGCUGAAAUUAUGAAUCCAUCACUAAUCUUAAAUCAGCCACGAUAAUGAAAUAAGUCUGUACGACCCUGAGGAAGACAGACCCAGAGGAGAACGCUGCAGUUUGAGACGAGCGCAGUUUCUGGAGAGAAUAGAAACGAACGAACGAACUGCUUGCGCACAGAUCAUGGCGGAGGGUUUUCAGUGUUUGUGGUUCCACAGCGCGGUUGUCCACAUGAAUGUAAUGUGAAUUACAGGAGAGAGCAGUAACAGAGAAGCGUUCAACGCGCUGGACGCCUCGGGGCUCUUGCCUGGGGCGAGACUGAACGCUCACGGCUCUCCUGUACGAGGACGGCUCUUGAACCGAAUUAAAGUUGAUUUUGCUUUUCAGUUUCAGUUUCCUGUUGUGUUAUCAAGAGUUUCUAACCACCUUCAAUCUCUCCAUUUCACAACAAAAAUGAAGGUAUGUUUUGUGUAAUAUUUUACCAGUGAAAAUGAAAAAUAAAAGUUGAACAAAGUUCAAAGAAA